UGACGUAAGCGGUGACAGAAUCCGGUACCUCGAUCCUCCGUCCAAACGUGUCCGGGCAUCCGCUCGAUCACGGCAACGUGGUAGGGGCCCAACGUCAAACUUGCGUCGGCCUGCGGUAAUGCCCACGUGCAACAUCCAGAAUCUACCUUGGUUCGGCGACACGUGUCUCCUCGAGGACUAUAUAUGUAGCGGGCGGCCUUUGGCUUCCAAGGUUCCAAACCUCUCCUUGAGACAGAGAGAGGAGCACCGAGCUAGAGAUAGGUUUGUGGUUCUGAUCAAAGGAAGAGCAAGAUGAGCGUCGGAGAUUUGCAGCUGCCCCCAGGGUUCCGAUUCCAUCCGACGGACGAAGAGCUUGUGAUGCACUACCUCUGCCGGAAGUGCACCGGGCAGCCGAUUUCCGUGCCCGUCAUCGCCGAGAUCGAUCUCUACAAGUUCGAUCCGUGGCAACUCCCAGGGAUGGCGUUGUACGGGGAGAAGGAGUGGUACUUCUUUUCGCCGAGGGAUCGGAAGUACCCGAACGGUUCGAGGCCGAACCGGGCGGCUGGGUCGGGGUACUGGAAGGCGACCGGGGCCGAUAAGCCGAUCGGUUCGCCCAAGACGGUGGCGAUCAAGAAGGCGCUGGUGUUCUACGCCGGCAAAGCGUCCAAGGGGUUGAAGACCAACUGGAUCAUGCACGAGUACCGGCUCGCAGACGUCGACCGGUCCGUCCGCAAGAAGAACAGCCUGCGUUUGGAUGACUGGGUACUGUGCCGGAUCUACAACAAGAAAGGGGUGGUCGAGAAGCAUACCGGCCCAGAUCGGUACUCGUCCGAUUCGAGGAACCUCGGGCCGGCCCCCGGCUCGCCCGAGCAAAAGCCGGUGAUCGUCCCGCACGUGCCGCCUCUGGUUUUCUCGGCGCCGGCGUCGGCGCCGGCGCCCUCGAUGGACCAGUUCUACUUCGACGCGACGGAGUCCCUGCCGAGGUUGCACCCGGACUCCAGCUGCUCCGAGCACGUGCUGUCGCCGGAGUUCACGUGCGAGCGGGAGGUCCAGAGCCGGCCGAGCUGGGGAGGGUGGGAGAAAGCCCUCGGAGUUGGCAUUAACAACGAGGUUGCCACCGGCGUGCUCCCGCCGCUCUCGUCCCCUGGCGGUGCCCGGGACCCACUCCAAGACAUGUUCAUGUACCUCCAGAAGCCCUUCUAGAGGGUUCCGCACGUGAGAAGGAGCACGCUUGUUGCCGAUAUCUACAAGGGAUACUCGCUAACAUGCGCCGGAAAGGUUGACCACCAUCUGACUCAGGCUGCACUGGUGAGUCACCGUGGAGAUCGUAUGGUGGGCCCGACAUGAGGAUGUCCAGAGGUUUAUGGACCGUCCGAUCAAGAGAUGGAAUGAGAUGAUCAGGUGGCAAUGAGAUCGUGUGGCCAUGAGUUGUACGUGUACGGUUGGGAUGUCAUGUCAGACAAAGGGACUGUGGUGUCCAUAUAUAUUUGCUAAACUUUGUACCGCAGGGUCUGGGGAAUAAACUGGUAUUUGGAACGUAUGCUACUAGUUUUAGGAAGAGAAUUAAUGUAAUGCAGCCAGUCACAUGAUUCUGUCUGAAACGUGGAAUUUGGUAUGAUAAAUUCUUGAUAAAUUAAA